UUCUCUGUUCCAUUUGCAAUACUACAAUACUCCGUCCCCAGAGAGACACGCAAGACCGUUCGGGUUUCCGCACGGUCAAACAAGAAGGCGCCGCCCCCGGAAAAUCUCCCAGCACUCCCCGGCUGAAGCGUGAGCGAGCGACCGGCGGCGGAGCAUGGAGGCCAGGUACGCGGAGCUGCGACGCGCGGUGGAGGAGACGGCGGUGGUGGACGCGCACGCGCACAACCUCGUCGACACGGCGUCCUCCUUCCCCUUCCUCCGCUGCUUCUCCGAGGCCGACGGCGACGCGCUCGCCUUCGCUCCCCACUCCCUCUCCUUCAAGAGAAGCCUCAAGGACAUCGCCGCCUUGUACGGCUGUGAAGCCUCACUUGAGAAGGUGGAAGAGUUCAGGAAGUCCCAAGGGCUGUCGUCUAUCGGUUCGAAAUGCUUCCAAGCUGCCAAUAUAUCCACCAUCCUCGUGGACGACGGCAUAGCAUUUGAUAAAAUGCUAGAGCUGGAAGCCCACAAGGAAUUUGUUCCCACAGUCGGCAGAGUUCUGAGAAUCGAAUGGCUGGCGGAAACAAUUAUUAAUGAUGAUUCAUUCAGUGGAUCAAGCUGGACGUUGGACUCAUUCACUGAAACUUUUGAGGCUAAGCUCAAAUCAGUUGCCAGUAAAGUUGUUGGGUUGAAAAGCAUUGCUGCAUACAGAAGUGGCUUAGAGAUUGAUCCAUGUGUUAGCAAGACAGAUGCAGAGGAUGGUCUUCGUCAGCUGCAGAGAUGGUUGAAAAUUUAA